AAAAGAAAGAGGAAAAAGGGACCUUAAACGGUGCGUUUCAGUGAGAGUAAAGGUCAAGGUCGUUUUCAAUCUUGAUCCUUCAUCGUCUUCUACCUGUUGCUAGGGCACGAUCAGCACUCUGCAAACACAAGAGAGAGAGAGAGAGAGAGAGAGAGAGAGAGAGAGAUUCAAUGGCUACUGUGAGAAGCCUGAAGAUCAAGACAAGCACAUGCAAACGCAUUGUGAAGGAGCUGCAUUCUUAUGAGAAGGAAGUUGAAAGCGAAGCUGCGAAAACCGCUGACAUGAAGAACAGAGGAGCUGACCCUUAUGAUCUCAAACAGCAGGAAAAUGUGCUGGCUGAGUCUAGGAUGAUGAUUCCUGACUGCCGCAAGCGCCUGGAGGUCGCUUUGGAAGACUUGAAAGGAAUAUUGGCUGAAAUGGAGGAGUCAGAUGAGAAGGAAUGUCCUGAAGUUGAUGAAGCUAAAACCACCCUCUCAGAAGUUGAAAAAGUACUUGAAACAAUAGAAGUUUAGCAAGGUGGUUUGCUUAGUGCUUUUGACAGAGGAUUUUGUGCCUGUAUUAUAUAGCUUCUUGGUCACAAACAAUAUAUACAUUCUUCUUUUUGUGUGCGCCCUCUCCUACUCUAGUCUCUCAAAUACAGAUUCAUGCUGAAAGGUUAUGCAACUUCCUUGACAAGAUUUAAUCUUGUCUAGUUAUAUGCUCCUGUAGAACAUCUGAAAAUGAAUGAAUGUGAUGACAUCGAUUUACUUUA